CAAUCGAAGAGCCCCGCUGCCGGCUCUAUCAUGGCGGCUCCCAGGGCUCGAGCCGGUGACCGGGAGGCGUCAUGUUGGGCUUCUUGGGCGCUCGACAGGCGGGUUUGUUGGACCCGCUUCACUUCCGCAGGACGCAGGCCACACGGAGGGUACUGGAACUGGAAUUGAACAAAGACCGAAAUGUUGAAAGAAUCCAUGACCAUGGAGUCAACACCCUUGACAUUGAACUUGUGGAAGGGAGAUACAUGUUGUCAGGUGGUUCAGAUGGUGUGAUUGUACUUUAUGACCUUGAGAACUCCAGCAGACAGCCUUAUUACACAUGUAAAGCGGUGUGUUCCAUUGACAGAAGCCACCGUGACAUGCACAGUUACAGUGUGGAGACAGUGCAGUGGUAUCCUCAUGACACAGGCAUGUUCACUUCCAGCUCCUUUGAUAAGACUCUGAAAGUAUGGGAUACAAAUAGGUUUCAGGCGGCCGACACGUUUAAUUUUGAAGAGACAGUUUAUAGUCAUCAGAUGUCUCCAGUGGCCACCAAGCACUGUCUGAUAGCAGUUGGUACUAAAGGACCCAAAGUACAACUUUGUGACUUAAAGUCUGGAUCCUGUUCUCACAUUCUACAAGGUCACAGACAGGAAAUUUUGGCAGUUUCCUGGUCACCACGUUCCGACUAUAUCUUGGCAACUGCAAGCGCUGACAGUAAGGUGAAGCUAUGGGAUGUGCGGAGAGCGUCGGGGUGCUUGAUGACUCUUGACCAGCAUAACGGGGAAAAGUCGCAAGCCGCUGAAUCAGCGAAUACGGCUCACAACGGGAAAGUGAACGGUCUGUGUUUCACGAAGGACGGACUUCACCUGCUCACUGUUGGAACAGACAACCGAAUGAGGCUCUGGAAUAGCUCCAGUGGAGAGAACACACUAGUGAACUAUGGAAAAGUUUGCAAUGACAGCAAAAAAGGACUGAAAUUCACCGUCUCCUGUGGCUGCAGCACAGAAUUUGUUUUUGUGCCACAUGGUUACAACAUUGCUGUUUACGCAGUGUUCUCGGGAGAGCAGAUAACCGUGCUUAAGGGACAUUAUAGAAAUGUCGACUGCUGUGUGUUUCAGUCUGAUUUCCAGGAGCUUUACAGCGGCAGCCGAGACUGCAAUAUUCUGGCCUGGGUGCCGUCCCUGCAUGAACCAGUUCCUGACGAUGAGCCUACAAGCAAGUCGCAGUUCAGUGCCGUGUUUGAAGAUGCCUGGAGCAGCAGCGACGACGAGGGAAGUUGGAUCCCUCUGUGAAGCCCUGGCUAGCUGCUCUAGAGCUCACUAUGUAUGCAUCAGGGCAGCCUCAUAUCUGGCAGCCACCCUGCCGUCUCUGCCUCUCCAGGGCUGAGAUGACAGAUCAACACUGUGAAGCCCAGCACGUGUGGGUGGGGGUGCACGUAUUGUUAUUUGUGGGAUUUUUUAAACUUUUAUAUUUUUAAUGAAAUAGCCCUACAUUUGGACUAUUUUGAAUGAGAAUAAUAUGUAUAUAAAAUCCUA